AUGUGUAUUGUUGUUAUUUUGUAUGCAAUCGGUGUGUUUUGUAAGAACUAUGCGAUUCUAUUGAAUUCGUCUCGAGGAUUUCAUAAUUACAGGCAGAUGGCGAAUGUGUAUAUUUUUGACCAUAUAUUGCGACAAAAUGGAUAUGAAGGAGACCAAAUUGCGAUUAUUUCGUAUGUGAACCAGAUUCAGGACAUAAGAAAUGUAGAUAAGGAGCAUGUGCAUAUUGAUAGCGAUUUAAAGAUUCAGUAUUCUGAUUUUGAUGUUACUGAUGAUGCGCUGAGGGUGAUGUUGAAUGCGCUUGAAGGCAACCAUCCCAAGCUUAAGGAUGCUGAUGAGUCAUCGAAUGUUCUGAUAUACAUGAAUGGGCAUGGAAACGAGUCAUUCCUGAAGUUUGGGAGCAUACACUUUAUGACGAAGGAUGAUUUGAUGUGCAGGGUUGUGAAGUUAGCAUCUAGGGUAGGCAAAGUUUUGUUAUUGGUUGAUACAUGUCAGGCAGAUGCACUUAUAGACAGAGAUGUUUUGCCAUCGAAUGUUUUCGCAAUUGCCACAAGUAAGAUCAAGCAAUCGGCAAUUUCGACAUUUGAGUCUUCUGUGCUUUUUACUAAUACCGUGGACAAUUUCUCGUAUUUUUUCUUUAUGAGGGCACAGAGGGGAAUUGGACGAGAUGACAAGCUUAUUGAUGUGUUUAGUGAUUUGAGCAAGGAGCCUAUACAAUCUGAACUUGUAUUCAGUAACAAUCCUAUGUUUAAUUACGGAGAUUUUUUUUUCCAGAAUUUGAUGUUUGAGCUGCUUCCUUUCAAAUGA